AUGGGCGAGACGUGCAAGCUACAAGAAGUUCAAUGCAUCACCGCGCCGUGCAAUCCGGUUCCUACGUGCGUACCGAUAGAGAAUCCGCCACCUGAGCCCGUCUGCGCUAAGAAAUGCCCCAAGAACGAAAGGUGCCAGAUCAACUCGGUGGACAACUCUCUGUACUGCCUCAGCCCCUGUGCCACGUACCACAGCAAGUCUCUUGGCUCGGAGUUCGAGUCCGAAGGCCGGUCGGAGCCCCCACCUGAGCCUCCGUCACCACCAGAAAUCGUGGCGAUUGCAGACCUACUUGACGAGGUAUACGCGGAGCCUAAACAGCGUCGGAUGCAUUAUACAAUGAAGAAGAAACGACAUGCUCUUAUAGCAACACAGGGUUUAAGUCAGCGCGAGACUGCCACGUCUCAAAAAAUCCCUCGAUGGACUUUAACGUCAUGGAGGAAGAGCGAAGACGAUAUCUUUGCGUUUAAAGGCAGCGAGAAGACCCUGUCGCGGGCACCAGGUCGCCGCGAGAUAAUACCGUUUAGCGCUAUGCUCGUCACCUUUAUGAAGGAGACACGACGCGAAUCCCUGCCGCUUACUGCAUCUCUAAUGGCCGCGAAAAACUGGAAGACUUGGUAG